AUGAGUUUGUUGUGGCAUUUUGUCUUGAUAUUUAUUGUUCGUGUAGCCACCCAAGGAGGUUUGGACUCACAAGCCACAGAUGCAAAAGAAAUAUCUUCAUCAGAAAGCACUGAGUUACAGAAAGGCAGAAAAGUAGAAGCCACUGAAACAAAACGUAAGAAUGCAAAACGAACCUUUAAAUCGGAAAAGGAGUUUCUGGAGUUCACUUUGAAGUAUCAACAAGUUCUUACUGAAAGAGAUUCUGCUAUUGUUGUUCGUGAUAAGCUUGAGUCGCUUUGCAGAGAGUUGCAACGCCAGAAUAAAAUGUUGAUGGAUGAAUGCAAACGGGUAUCAACAGAGGGGCAAAAUUUGAGAUUAGAUUUAUCAACCAAAUUCCAAGAUGCAAUAAAGGAUGUGAGCAACAGGCUAGAAGAGCAGAAGGAGGAGUCUCUCACUCAGUUGAAGGAGAAUGAGAUGUUAAGAAAAAAGCUGAAGGAAUUUGCUGAUCAGUAUGCCAUUUCUGAACAGCAAAAUGCACAAAAGUUAAAGCAGAAAACACUGGAACUUCAGAUUGCUGAUUUGAAGAUCAAACAGCAUGAAGAAAAAUUGGUUCAGGAGCAGUCACAGAUGAAAAUAUAUGCAGAACAGGUGUCCCAAUUAUUGGCAACUGAAAAGAAUUUGCGCUUGCAGUUGACAGCAGAUGGAGAAAAGUUCCAACAAUUCCAGGAAGCAUUGGUAAAGAGCAAUGAGGUUUUUGAAACAUUUAAGCAAGAGAUUGACAAGAUGGCAAAAUCGAUCAAGGAACUCAAGAAAGAAAAUACAUUCUUGAAGAGCAAGUGUGAGAAAUCAGAUGUUAUGCUGAUUGAGCUGGUUGAGGAGCGAGAGAAGUUGAAGAAACAACUGGAUAAAACAAAGAACCAAAAAGAAAAGCUGGAGUCAUUGUGCCGAUCACUCCAGGCUGAGAGAAAGCAGAAUACUACUGAAAGCAACAGCUGUGAUUCAGUCCCAACAUGA